AGAGCCAGCACCUGUCCCUAGCCUGCGCGAGGUCCCGGAGACUCCAAACGGCCGCUGACCUGCUGUCCCCAGAGGCCUGCCGACAUGGGGCUGAAGCUGUCCUGCCUGUCAGGGUUUAAAAUGUGUGUCAGCAGCACCGGCAGCAGCCACGACCAGGCCCCCGUCCUGAGCGACAAGCACCUGGAUGUGCCCGACAUCAUCAUCACGCCCCCCACCCCCACGGGCGUGCUGCUGCCCCGGGACUCAAGGCCGACAGUCUGGCUGGACGAGACAGGUUCAGGCCCGGAUGACGGAGACAUCGACCCCGAAGCUUGAGGGGAGCCAGCUGCCGGCCAUCGGUUUGGCUCCUGCUCCAGGCGUCUGGGGUUCCGGCUGCCUGGGACCCUGCGCUGGGAACCGCGAGGCACAGCGGGAGGCCUGGCCCCGUCCGCAGACCUCCGCUCCACGUUCCGGCUGACCCCGGUUGGAGAAGGAGAGGAGAGGGCACUGCCCGGCAGGUGAGGGCUGCCCUGGACGAGCAGGUGGCGUGGGACCCGCCCCAAGGCCAGCAGCCACGCGGACUUCUCCGUGAGGAGCGGCGCGGGAUUUUCCGCACUGUCUCACCGACACCGAGACAUGACCUCCAGAAAAGUGACCUCCAAGUCCUCUUUUGCACUCUGAAUAAAGACUGUUACAAAGUGGCAGUCCUGCUUCCCGGGGGGGGGGGGGACGGGGAUCCAGGUACAGAGGUGGCUUUCAGAGUCCCGGGCUGCGGGGGCCCUGGCCGUCUUGUCCCCCUCCAUUUUUAGACCCCCCCCCACCCCGUAGGCCUCGGCGUGGUCUGGGGCCCGAGGUCACUUGGAGCUCAUUUGAGCCGCUGCCAGCUGUGGGAUCCAGAAAUACACAGUUCUUGGAUGUGAAGCAA